AGCAGCCAGUGGAUUUGUCAACAGUUCUGACCGCAAAGCAGCGCCCAGCGAUAAUCGUCAUAAAUAAAUAGAGAAAGAAGCAGCCGCAUCGCCGCAUCGUUGAUUUGCAUUCAUCUGGAGUAAAGAGCACGCGAAGAUGGGCAAGGAGAAGAUCCAUAUUAACAUUGUGGUGAUUGGACACGUCGAUUCGGGCAAGUCCACCACCACGGGACAUUUGAUUUACAAAUGCGGCGGCAUUGACAAGCGCACGAUUGAGAAGUUCGAGAAGGAGGCCCAGGAGAUGGGCAAGGGCUCGUUCAAGUACGCCUGGGUGCUGGACAAGCUGAAGGCGGAGCGCGAGCGCGGCAUCACCAUCGACAUUGCUCUGUGGAAGUUCGAGACGGCCAAGUAUUAUGUGACCAUCAUCGAUGCGCCCGGCCACAGAGAUUUCAUCAAGAACAUGAUCACCGGCACCUCGCAGGCCGACUGCGCUGUCCUGAUCGUGGCCGCGGGCACGGGCGAAUUCGAGGCCGGCAUCUCGAAGAACGGCCAGACCCGCGAGCACGCCCUCCUCGCCUUCACGCUGGGCGUCAAGCAGCUCAUUGUGGGCGUCAACAAGAUGGACUCCACCGAGCCGCCCUACAGCGAGGCGCGCUAUGAGGAAAUCAAGAAGGAGGUGUCCUCGUACAUCAAGAAGAUCGGCUACAAUCCGGCCUCGGUGGCAUUCGUCCCAAUUUCGGGCUGGCACGGCGACAACAUGCUGGAGCCCUCCGAGAAGAUGCCCUGGUUCAAGGGCUGGACCGUGGAGCGCAAGGAGGGCAAGGGCGAGGGCAAGUGCCUGAUUGACGCGCUGGACGCGAUCUUGCCGCCACAGCGUCCCACCGACAAGCCCCUGCGCCUGCCCCUGCAGGAUGUCUACAAGAUUGGCGGCAUUGGCACCGUACCCGUGGGUCGUGUGGAGACGGGCCUCCUGAAGCCAGGAAUGGUCGUUAACUUUGCGCCAGUUAAUUUGGUCACCGAGGUAAAGUCCGUGGAGAUGCAUCACGAGGCGCUCACCGAAGCCAUGCCGGGCGACAAUGUGGGCUUCAAUGUGAAGAACGUUUCGGUGAAGGAGCUGCGACGUGGCUAUGUGGCUGGCGACUCCAAGAACAAUCCACCCCGUGGAGCUGCUGACUUUACCGCUCAGGUAAUUGUGCUCAACCAUCCUGGGCAGAUAGCCAAUGGAUAUACUCCCGUUUUGGAUUGCCACACGGCUCAUAUUGCGUGCAAGUUUGCGGAGAUCAAGGAGAAGUGCGAUCGUCGUACGGGCAAGACAACGGAGACCGAGCCGAAGGCCAUCAAGUCGGGUGAUGCGGCAAUCAUUGUGCUGGUGCCCAGCAAGCCGCUGUGCGUUGAGAGCUUCCAGGAGUUUCCGCCGCUGGGGCGCUUCGCCGUGCGCGACAUGCGCCAAACGGUCGCCGUUGGCGUUAUCAAGUCCGUCAACUUUAAAGAAACGACCUCGGGCAAAGUCACAAAAGCCGCUGAGAAGGCACAGAAGAAGAAAUAACUAGGGUGCCAGCAGACCUACAACAUAAGCGAGAGCAGCAACAGCAACAGCAACAACAGCAUCACUCAAGAAUCCCAGCAGCAAACGGCUAGAGCAACAGCAACAGCAACAGCAACAACACAUCUCAAAAACUUAAUAAUAUCUAAUCGACGAUCAAAACCAGAAACAGUGGCAACCGCGGGAGAAGAAGAACAAGUAGAAACAUCAAUUACCAAUACUAACUGCUGCAUGCAAAUAUUAUAUGAAAUCGAACAAAUACUACAAUUAAUAAUAAUCACACACACAAUUAGCGUGGAGCCUGCUAGCAGGAGCAACAGCAGAGUCGAUGGCAUCCUUCUGCCCACCCAGCGCGAUGGUGGCAAGUCGGACGAGUAUCCAGCAUCCUUUCCGUUCGCCCAGUCGCUUGUCGCACUCAACGUUGCCAUCUACUGCAUCUAUCUGAAUUUGUAUCGCCAUCGCAAGUCCUUUCGCAGGAAACCUUUCGCAGUAGCAGUAGCGGGAGCAGGAGCAGAAGCAGAAGCGGAGGGAGCCAACCAAUAUGCCACUGUAGCUUGCUGCUAGCCUCAUCGAUAUACGCUCAUCCAUCAUUACUAAUAAUACAAAUUUUAUUAAACAUCCGCAUCGACAUCUCAUCAUCUGCCAUUAAAUGAAUAUCCUAUCAGCCCAUCAUGGCCCCCCACCCCCAUCGUGUCACCAAAUGGAUUUUAAACACUUUUUAUACUUUUGAUAAGUCAAGUCGGAGGCAUUCGAUUUAAAAUCUAUUACACACUGUAAUUUCAGAGUUUAGUUUUAAACCAUGGCCCCAUCCCCAGCCCUGUCCCCUUCUCUUUAAAUGCUUCAUUGAAACAACAACCAAAAAGACUACAUUCGUAAUGAAUUCAAAAUUUUCUCUUGAAACCAAAAGACAAAUGCUUAAGAAGUAUUACAAAAAAAUAUUAUAACACACAAACAUAAUCAUGCGGUUUUUGACAAAACAUUCUAAAUGUUCGUUCGAGCCUCAUUUGCAUUUGCAUACUACACACAAUAUAUACGUUAAUCGCAGCUCAUUGCCCCCCAUAACCAUUCUCUGAAUUUAUACACAUCUAAUUGUAGCCAAAACACCAAACAAAAUUCAUGGAUACUGAACACAUGUUGCUUGAUAAAAAGAUCUUUUAAAUGAUGAGAAAAAUAAAGGAAGCUUAACCGUAAAA